UACACUUGGCACAAUGCAGUCAGGCAAGUACCAUUCUGUCAACCGCCAAACCCAGAUACGUCCAUUGGAUUGCCAGACAGAGAAGCGUGAUUGGUCACUCCAGAGAACAUGUCUCCACUGCUCUAGAGCCCAGUGGUGGCGUGCUUUACACCACGCAUUGCAUUGCACUUGGUGAUUUGCUUCCACUAACAGUUGAGCGUGGAAUAUUUAGUAGCCAGGAAAUGUCACGGAUGGACUUAUUGCACAGGUGGCCACCUAUCACGGGACCACGCUUGGAGUCACUGAGCUCCUGAGAGCGACCCAUUCGUUCACCAAUGUUUGUAGAAGCAGUCUGCAUGCCUAG